UCGCGGCCGCCUCCGCCUCCUCCUCCUCCUGUCGGAGGGGGGCCGAGGGAGGGGACUGUUGCUGAUCUCUGGAUGUUCUGGGUAGUCUGAGAAGGAGAGUAUGAGGCGAGCUCCGGCCCGGGCGCGGCCGGGCUUCGGGGGCGAGGGCGCCGCCGCCAUCUAACUCGCAGCGCCCGCGAGGCCCGGCGCGCGGAUGGUGCCGGUGCGGCUCGGGUGUUGAUCCGCGGUGUCCCCUCCCCCUUCUCCCCUCCCCCACGCGGUGGUCUCCCCUUCUACCCCGGCCCGGCAGAGCCAUGUCUCGGGGUGGCUCCUGCCCACACCUGUUGUGGGACGUGAGGAAAAGGUCCCUCGGGCUGGAGGACCCGUCCCGGCUGCGGAGCCGCUACCUGGGAAGAAGAGAAUUUAUCCAAAGACUGAAACUUGAAGCAACCCUGAAUGUGCAUGACGGCUGUGUUAAUACAAUCUGUUGGAAUGAGACUGGAGAAUAUAUUUUAUCUGGCUCAGAUGACACCAAGUUAGUAAUCAGUAAUCCUUACAGCAGAAAGGUUUUGACAACAAUUCGUUCAGGGCACCGAGCAAAUAUAUUUAGUGCAAAGUUCUUACCGUGCACAAAUGAUAAGCAAAUUGUGUCUUGCUCUGGAGAUGGAGUAAUAUUUUAUACCAACGUUGAGCAAGAUGCAGAAACCAACAGACAAUGCCAAUUUACGUGCCAUUAUGGAACUACCUAUGAGAUUAUGACUGUACCCAAUGACCCAUAUACUUUUCUCUCUUGUGGUGAAGAUGGAACUGUCCGGUGGUUUGAUACACGUAUCAAAACUAGCUGCACAAAAGAAGAUUGCAAAGAUGAUAUUUUAAUUAACUGCCGACGUGCUGCCACAUCUGUAGCUAUUUGUCCACCAAUACCAUAUUAUCUUGCUGUUGGCUGUUCAGAUAGCUCAGUACGAAUAUAUGAUCGGCGAAUGCUGGGCACAAGAGCCACAGGGAAUUAUGCAGGUCGAGGAACUACUGGAAUGGUUGCCCGUUUUAUCCCUUCCCAUCUCAAUAAUAAGUCCUGCAGGGUGACAUCUCUGUGUUACAGUGAGGAUGGCCAAGAGAUUCUUGUUAGCUACUCCUCAGAUUAUAUAUAUCUUUUUGACCCGAAAGAUGAUACUGCACGAGAACUUAAAACUCCUUCUGCAGAAGAAAGAAGAGAGGAGUUACGACAGCCUCCAGUGAAGCGUCUGAGACUUCGUGGUGAUUGGUCAGACACUGGACCCCGAGCGAGGCCUGAGAGUGAACGAGAACGAGAUGGUGAGCAAAGUCCCAAUGUGUCAUUGAUGCAGAGAAUGUCUGACAUGUUAUCGAGGUGGUUUGAAGAAGCAAGUGAAGUGGCACAAAGCAAUAGGGGGCGAGGAAGAUCUCGACCAAGAGGUGGAACGAGCCAGUCAGAUGUGUCUGCACUUCCUGCGGUCCCAUCAAGUACUGAUUUGGAAGUGGGGGAAAGUGCAAUGGAAGUAGAUCCUUCAGCUGAACAGUCUCUUCAGCCUUCUACGUCCUCUGCAAUGUCAGCUCAGGCUCAUUCGACAUCCUCUUCUACAGAAAGCCCUCAUUCUACAUCUUUGCUGUCUUCUCCAGACAAUGAACAAAGGCAGUCUGUGGAGGCAUCUGGACGCCAUACUCAUCAUCAGUCUGAAUUUUUAAGGGGGCCUGAGAUAGCUUUGCUCCGCAAGCGCCUACAACAACUGAGGCUUAAGAGGGCUGAACAGCAGAGGCAGCAAGAGCUAGCUGCGUGCACCCAGCAACAGCCUUCCACUUCUGGGAAAUGGAGGAGAGCAUGCAGAUACCUAAAGCAAUCAGCAUUGAACUACUUCUAUUGUGUUAAUAUUUGGAAAUAUUUCUAUUCUCCUUCUUCUGUGGUUAACAAACAGCUCGGAUCCAUGUCACUUGACGAGCAACAGGAUAACAAUAAUGAAAAGCUGAGCCCCAAACCAGGGACAGGUGAACCAGUUUUAAGUUUGCACUACAGCACAGAAGGAACAACUACAAGCACAAUAAAACUGAACUUUACAGAUGAAUGGAGCAGUACUGCCUCAAGUUCUAGAGGAAAUGGGAGCCACUGCAAAUCUGAGGGUCAGGAGGGACCCUUGGCCCCACAGAGCUCUGUGCAACCACCGGGAGACAGUGACACCAAAGCUCUUGAAGAAUCAUCAGAGGAUGUGACAACAUAUCAGGAAGGUACAUCUGCAGAAAACACAAUUGAGAAACGUAUAGAUAUAGCACAAUCAGAUAAAUUAACAUCUGAGCCGUUGGAUUCCAGCUCAGGAGAAAGAAAUGACUUCAAUCUUGAUAGCUCUUGUGAGGUUCCAGAAGAAUCCACUUCGUCUGAACAAGGCAAGGAACCAGGAACUUCAGAUCAACCCAGCACUGAAGGUGCUACCAGUCAAAAUACCACCAAUCCUGAGCCUCAGUCACAAACAGAAGCCAUCGGGCCUUUGGCUCAUGAGGAAACAUUAGCCAGGGACUCUGCUCUCCAGGAUACAGAUGACAGUGAUGAUGACCCAGUCCUGAUCCCAGGUGCAAGGUAUCGAGCCGGACCUGGUGAUAGAUUUAAUAUCAGAGGAACAACAAUAGGUGAUAGAAUAAUGAGACGCUCUGCUGUUGCCCGCAUUCAGGAAUUCUUCAGGCGGAGAAAAGAAAGGAAAGAAAUGGAAGAAUUGGAUACUUUGAACAUUAGAAGGCCACUAGUAAAGAUGGUUUAUAAGGGCCAUCGCAACUCCAGGACAAUGAUAAAAGAAGCCAAUUUCUGGGGUGCUAAUUUUGUAAUGAGUGGUUCUGACUGUGGCCAUAUCUUCAUCUGGGAUCGUCACACUGCUGAGCAUUUAAUGCUUCUGGAAGCUGAUAAUCAUGUGGUAAACUGCCUGCAGCCACAUCCUUUUGACCCAAUUCUAGCUUCAUCUGGCAUAGAUUAUGACAUAAAGAUCUGGUCACCACUAGAAGAGUCAAGGAUUUUUAACCGAAAACUUGCUGAUGAAGUUAUAACUCGAAACGAACUCAUGCUGGAAGAGACCAGAAACACCAUCACGGUGCCAGCCUCUUUCAUGUUGAGGAUGUUGGCUUCGCUGAAUCAUAUCCGAGCUGACCGGUUGGAGGGUGACAGAUCAGAAGGCUCUGGUCAGGAGAAUGAAAAUGAGGAUGAGGAAUAACCAACUCUUAUUGGCAAGCACUUAGAUGUUCUGAAAUUUGUAUAAGACAUUUAUUAUAUUUUUUCUUUACAGAGCUUUAGUGCAAUUUUAAGGUUAUGGUGUUUUGGAGUUUUUCCCUUUUUUUGGGAUAACCUAAUAACAUUGGUUUGGAAUGAUUGUGUGCAUGAAUUUGGGAGAGUGUGUAAAACAAAACUAGCAAAAUGUUUUAAAAACUUUUGCCAUGUAUGAGGAGUGCUAGAAAAUGCAAAGUGCAAUAUUUUCCCUAACCUUCAGAUAUGAGAGCUUGGAUCAAUGUGGAAGAGUAAUUUUCAUUAUAGUGAAAAUAUUGGUUCAAAUAAAUUUCUACACUUGCCAUUUGCAUGUUUGUUGCUUUCUAAUUAAAGAAGUUGGUUGUUUUAAAUAUCA